AUGGCCUCAAUUGAACAAGAUGAUAUCUUUAAUGUCCAAGACGACGAAGAUAUGGAAGAAGAAGAAGAGGAGGAAGAAGAAGAGGAAGAACAACAACAGCAUGAAGAAGAGGAACAUUAUUCCAUGGACAUUGAUGAAGAAGGAUCACAGGCUCCAGAUACUGCUGAUCUAGAUGAAGAUGAAGAUAUGAGAGAGGAAGGAGAUGAGGAUGAGGACGAAGACGAAGAAGAUGAAGAAGAGGAUGAAGAUGAAGAAGGUGAAGAGGGAGAAGAAGUUGAAGAGGGAGAAGAGGGAGAAGAAGGCGAGGAAGAGGAGGACGAGGAAGAAGAGGAUGAAGAAGAAGAGGAGGAGGAGGACGAAGAUGAAGAGGAGGGUGUGGAUCAAGUACAAGAAGUAGAGGUUGGGGAGGAACUCCGACAAGAAGAAGGUGGCGAGGAAGGUCAUAUUUCGAAAGAUGAAGACAACUUUGUUGAUGCUAAAGAGACUCUCGAUAAAGAAGAACUCCCCUCUACAAUAAUAGAUGACAAUAAAGAUAAAGAUAUAGGCAUGUUGUUAGAAGAAGAUGAAGUUAAAGAAACAACAGAAGAACUUCCCCAGCCACCAUUGCUGGAGACUAUAGAUGAAAUGAAACCCGAGAAAAUACCCAGUCCCAUACCAAUAGAUCAAGAUGAAGAAAUGAAAGAUGUCGAAACACCCACAAAAGAGAAUAUAACACCGGCAACCCCACCACAACAGCAACAUCCACCUGAAACGAAAUCACCACGAGAGAAACCAACAGAAGAAGAAGAGGAUGAUUCCCAUCUUACUUUCAGAGAACGAGUAAUCCACCGAGCCAGAAAAGCCACUGAAUUCGAUAUAAUUCCACAAGUAGCAAUCCCAUACACAGCCCAAUGUCACUCACUUGCAUUCACCGAAGGUCCCAAAUGGAUCCUCACUGGUGGAGAGGAUGGAUUUAUUCGAAAAUAUGAUUUCAUAGCUUCCAUCCAAGGAAAAGCACCCUUAACUAUGGCACAAAGACAUAACCUCACCUCCGAUACGUUAGUUAAUGGAGGUGUACUUUGUUCAUAUUGGGAAAACGAACAACCAGUAACGAAAUCGCAACUUAUGAAAUCUAAUCCGAAAUUAAAAGAAAGUGAUUUUUCAACCGGGUCGGUAAGUUAUGAACCAAAAGUAAAUCCAGUAUAUGCAUUAGAUGUAGAACGGAAUGGAUAUUGGUGUAUUUCCGGGUUAUUGUCAGGUGGUAUUGCAUUAUAUACCAUGAGAUAUAAUGAAGGUGUGAUUCAUCAUUAUUUUAAUCAUGGGACUAAGAUGAACAAAAAUCGGGGACAUCAUGAUGCAGUAUCAGUAUUGAAAUUAAAUCAGGAACAAAAUAAAUUCUUGUCCGGGUCUUGGGAUAAGACAAUUCGACAAUGGGAUUUGAAUACCGGGCAGACUACUGUUCAGUUUGCUGGUAGUUCUGGGCAGAUUUCAAAUAUCGCAUAUCGUCCACAAGGUACUUCUGAUGUGACGAUAAGUUUCCAAGACGACGACAUUGAUGGUGUGGCUACUACCACGGGAGACAAAAAAGACGAAGAUGAUGAUAUCGAAUCAUUAUUUGGAGAUGAUGACGAAGAAGAAGAUGCACCAAGAAAACAAGCAGAAACCCAAGAUAAGAAACCACAACAACCAAAUCUAACCUCUGGAGUUUCUAGCAAAACCUACAAAAGUGAUCAUAUAUUCAUGUCAUCGAGUAUUGAUGGAACAAUAAAUAUAUGGGAUAUAAGAACCCCCAAUCCUGUUUUGAGAUUGGGUAUAUCCGAAGGAAUCCCACCUUAUUGUAUGUCCCUGACCUGGUCUAACAAUGGUGAUUUCAUCUAUGCUGGGAGAAGAAAUGGGACAGUUGAAGAAAUCUCAAUUAAAAUGCCCCAUAAGAGGUCUGUUUCUGGUCAUUAUCAUGAUUCGAUGAUACCUAACGUAUCGAAACUUCUUCAAUUCCCUAAGAUUUCUGGACCGGUGAGUGCGAUUUCAACCAUGCCAAAUAGUGAUUUCUUAUUAUGUGGAUCGAAUGAUAAUAUAAGAUUGUAUAAUUUGAGAUUAUAUGAUGAUUUAUCAAAUAUGGAGAUUAAUUCAAAGAAACAGGCGACUCCAUUCUUGAUUAUUCCUGGACAUCAAGGUGGUAUUUUGAGUCAGUUAUAUGUUGAUGAAACUGGUAGGUUUAUGGUAAGUGCUAGUGGUAAUAGAGGUUGGGGUCAUGGGUCAUUUACGGACUCUGUAUUAGUAUACGAAAUUGAUUUCGAAGGUUUAUAA